CGAUAACGUGCGCCGAAGUUGUAAUAAACCCCUUUCACAUUUCUUUUCAUUUUCAAAUUUUGAUACAUAAUUCCGAAUUUUUCUCAUUUAAUCCCCUGAGAAGCCGUUUCAAUUGCCAUUUACUCGGUUUUUCUGUUUCUUCUCAUUGGCUAUGGAAUGCAAAGACGGACUUCCUCUUCUUCUUCCUUUGCUUCUGCUAUCCUCCAUGAUUGACGUCUGAGACUAAUCGGAAUCGGAAAUCUUCUCUCUCUCCUUAUAAUCGGAUUAAGAUCGGAAUCGACAAGGGAAUUUUCUGACCAUACCAUCACAAUCUCUUCUGGUUACGUUUUAGGGUUGGGAGAUUAUAUCUGAGGCCUAGCUAUGGCUCAUAAGGUUGAUCACGAGUACGAUUAUCUGUUUAAGAUUGUCUUGAUCGGAGAUUCUGGUGUUGGAAAAUCGAACAUUCUUUCGAGGUUUACUCGUAAUGAGUUCUGUUUGGAGUCUAAAUCGACCAUUGGAGUUGAAUUCGCUACAAGGACUUUGGAGGUGGAUGGAAAGACAGUCAAGGCACAGAUAUGGGACACUGCUGGGCAAGAGAGGUACCGUGCCAUCACCAGUGCAUAUUACAGAGGUGCAGUUGGUGCACUGUUGGUCUACGACAUAACAAAGAGGCAAACUUUUGACAAUGUGCAGAGGUGGCUCCGUGAACUUAGGGAUCACGCAGACUCCAACAUUGUCAUUAUGAUGGCAGGGAACAAGUCUGAUCUAAAACACCUGAGAUCUGUACAAGAGGAUGAUGCACAGGUUUUGGCCGAGAAGGAAGGACUCUCAUUUCUUGAGACAUCAGCAUUGGAAGCAUACAAUAUUGAGAAGGCUUUCCAAACUAUUUUGACAGAGAUCUACCACAUCAUAAGCAAGAAAGCACUAGCAGCCCAAGAAGCAGCCAACUCAACUAGUCUUCCAGGACAAGGGACCACAAUCAAUGUUAGUGAUGCAUCAGGCAAUUGGAAACAGAAAGCUUGCUGUUCCACUUAGAGGACUCAUUCAUCCUGAAAAAGAUACAUUUUGCACAAACCGUUUUUUGGGUGCGUGAGACAUGUAGAAUAUUUCUACUACUAUGAGAAAAAAUUCCUUAGAUUUGUGAGAAACAGAUUUGUAAUCCAUCAGAGGGAAGAUUGUCAAAAGUGAAACAUGACAGUGUUAGUAGCUUAAGUGGUUUUGCAUUUUCUUUUUGCGCCAUUUCUUACUGUUUUUACAUGGCACUAACUGUUAUAGAAGAUAGUUUGGGCCUAAUCUAGCAGAGUGAGGUAUGGGUGAAGAGGGAAUCAUUGUAAGUGUAGUGUCUCCUUUGUUCUCUGAGUUCUAACAUGUAAUAAGAGUGAAAAGAAAGAAUAUUUGCCCCGAGCAA